AUGAUUUCCUCGUCAGACCCUGGGAAUUCGGCGUCGCAAAAUAAACACCACCGCGCAGCUAAUCGCCAGCUCAGAAACAAAACAGCGCUGCGCUGGGGAUCUGGGCAAAAUCAGCCCUCCCUCCUCCUCCUCCUUCGCCGCCGCCCUCCCUUCCUCGCGCUGCUGGGCUUGCUCGGCUCUGCUCAGCGCAGCGCAGCUCGGCAGCCGCCUAGCCUAGGCAGCACGGUCUCCCGGUCGCCAGCACCAGCUCGGAGCUCCGCUGCCCGCCUGGGCUCUGCCAGGUCUCGUUUCCGCGGGGACCCCUUCGGGUAG